GCGUGUCUGCGUGGUUUUCGCGCUUGUUUGCGCGCGCGAGGUCGAUUAGAAUCUUCCCUCAGUUCCGAAAACGCGUUCUAGGUUCGAAUUUCGCGAGACGAGUCCUUUAUUUAACCGCCUUGGACGAGAGCGGCGGGAUUUCAGGCGUGUUAAUCAAGAUGGGAAACUAUAAAGUUGCGUAAUUAAAACGGAACGUAAUAACGCAAACGCUGCGUUUGAAUAAAAACACUGCUCCGUUUUACUACCACGAUGAAGCGUCCAUGUCGUAUCGUGCCAAACGAUGGGAUUUAGGCUAUCUCUAACGAAGAGGUAAACUAAAAGCUUAUUCAAACAGCUUUAUGGCCACUUUAUAAUAUUUCAAUACGACUGCUUACCACGUAAAGCUUAACAUAAUGCUUACCGGAUCAUUGUUUGUACAUUUAAAGUUAGGAUUGUCAUAUUUUCAUAGAUUUCCUAUUCACGUCUGUUAUAAAUGACUGAAAGGAAUAAUGUAAAAUGUGUGGAUUAAUACCGAAAGAAAUCCUAAUUAGUUGAUUUAAAGUGAAAAGAAUUGACAUGUAAGUAUGUGUGUUUGAUGAAGGAGAGAGGGAGAGGUGUGGAAGAGCACGGAGCUCCUAUUACAUCCUAUUAGAUUGACAUGAAAGCCAUUUGAGGUGUUUGUUUUAGUGGGCUGGAUGACAUCUGGGUCAGUUUUAAUGGCAUAUUUAUUGUGAUGAGCUGGUGAAACAACGGUCUCCUGACACUCGUGACUUUUGGUGAAGCACAUUUGGUACAAUGGCUAUUAACACCGUCUCUCUUAACGAUCGAAAAGCUUUUUUUAACGUUUGAAACAUAACGAAACGACUUCAAAGCCUGAGCCGGGUGUACUUAUGGGAUUUCUAUAGACGCACCGCCGUACACGAAUCACCAUUUGAUGCUUUAAAGUGAUUAAAAAACUAGAAGGAUAAACUUACUUUUUCAUGCCACUUCAAACUACUCGACACUCCUUUGGUUUUUCUGUCCAACUUCAAUUAUUAAAUUCAGUUCAUAAAUAAUCCUGACAGUUUUGUCUGUAUGAGAGAAAUGACCCCUUAAUUAGAAACGAAACAGACCCCAAAACCUGUCACACUUAUCCAGCGGAGAUUUAUUUUAAAUGAAUGGAUUUAUAGUGUCUAAAUUGACGUGUUAAUCUUUUUUUGUCUUCGUUUCUUUUCUGAAUCGAAUGUAUUUCAGCUUGCAACACCAUCCUAUGGGUUCAGUUCUAGGGCAGGGCGAUUGAACCUUGAAUGCAAUGUAAGAUGAUUUGGAUAAAACAGUAUACAGUAUGAGAAAUGCGUGAAUAUUAAUGCAUAUCAAUUUAAAAUCGUAAUUAUAUAACUAUUAAAAUAUAAAUAGUUGGUAACACUUUAUUUUACGGUCUCUUAACUAUGCAUAUUACUACAAUAUUAGCCAAUUAUUUGUAGUAUUCAUUACAUAUUAAUGGCUCAUUCUACAUCCCUAAUCCUACCUUAAACAACUACCUUUAAUAACUAUUAUUAUGCAGCCAAUUAGCAUAUCAUUUAAGGAAAAGUCACAGUUAAUAGUGAAUAAGUGUAACGACCAAAUAGCAUAGUGGGGUAUGAUACAUUUGAUUUCUAUAUCAACAUUAAAAUAAAUAAAAAUACUUUUUUUUUUUGGUGCCACUUUAACUUUAGCCUGCACGUUGUGUUAAACUGUCAAGUUAUCAUAAACUUUUUGAGGGUUGCCUAGCAGCGCAGCUCAUCAUCGCUGGAGACGUAAAACAAAGACCCGAGCGACAGAAAAACAACGCACUUAUUGUCUUCCCAUCCGCUUUACAGCGCAGCCGCGCGAAUAACGUCGGCAUCUAUUAAGAACAAGCACAAAUAGCUCAUAUUGAUUCACGAGCGCCUUUAUAAGUCUCUAACUCAGAGUGCCACUGCAGAAAUCUCCCCAUCAGCACUAUUGAAUUUCAUCUUCCCCGGGAGACACGCAGCACCGCAGCGCUCAUCAUCAGCGCCAUCGCUCACACGGGCUCCUGUACGCCAGCCCAACAUCUCGCUUCUCAUCUCACAGGACCUGUCUGUCCGUCUGUCUGAGCUGGAGAGAGUGUGUGUGUGUGUGUGUGUGUGUGUGUGUGUGCGCUCUCAUAUGUCUAUACAGAGACCUCCAGCCUCCUGCGUGCUGUUAUGAAGUUCACAAAAAGGAAAUCAAUGUUACGGGGCAUCUAGGAAUUGAUCUGCGCUGAUUGCUAAUGGUGACGACAGCCUCCACGGUCUUUUGCCAUCGCUUCUGUAGAUCUUAAUACAGACCCGCAGGACUAAAGGAACAGAGUGGAUUCUCAAUGAGCAUAGCUCAUCCACGAUGACCGCCGUGACCUGGUAGACCGUGAAUCUGUGGAGUGCACAGUCACGCACAGCAGAGAUGUACCAAGAGGUGGCUUUCCUAGCAGGCAGCACCGAUCAUCAGUUUACCUCCUUCCACUUUAACGCUUUGGAGAAUCCGCAUGAAAUCAGCAGCAAAAAGGGAGUGUUCUACAAACGCGCACAGCUGCAGCGCAAGCCCGGCGUACAGGAGGAAGGGCUCCUCCAGAACCGAGGAGCCGGCGCGGACCAGGGCGCUUUAGUCGACCGCAGCGCCAUCAUCAACGUGGGUGGCAUCCGUUAUAGCAUCCCGUGGUCCACUCUCGAGGAGUUCCCGCUGACGCGUUUGGGGAAGUUACGGAGCUGCAGCAAUGCCGAGGAAAUCCUCGACUUGUGCGACGACUACGACGCGCACUGCAACGAGUUCUUCUUCGACCGAAGCCCCAGCGCCUUCCGCUCCAUCGUCACGUUCCUGGCGGCCGGGAAGCUCCGACUGCUGCGGGAGAUGUGCGCGCUCUCCUUUCAGGAGGAGCUGUUGUAUUGGGGCGUGGAGGAGGCCAGUCUGGAGUGGUGCUGCUUGAGAAAGCUCCGUCUUCGGCAGGAGGAGCAGCGAGAGAGACUCCGGCUGGAGGAGGAGGAGGCUGAGCUGACCUCGCCCCAGUCCUGUGAGGAGGCGCCGGGAGUCGGGAACCCAGAGGAGGGCCGUCUGGCCGGGUGCAUGCACAGCCUCAGAGACAUGGUGGAGAACCCUCACUCCGGGAUCCCUGGGAAGAUCUUCGCCUGCCUCUCGGUGGUCUUUGUGGCCAUUACGGCAGUUACACUGUGCGUCAGCACCAUGCCUGACCUGAGGGAGGAGGAGGAGAGGGGCGAGUGCUCCCAGAGGUGCUACAACAUCUUCGUGCUGGAAACAGUGUGUGUGGGCUGGUUCUCCCUGGAAUUCCUGCUCCGUUUCAUCCAGACGCAGAGCAAGUGGACGUUCUUACGCACACCCCUCAACAUCAUCGACGUGGUGGCCAUCCUGCCCUAUUACAUCACUUUGAUAGUGGACUCACUGUCCGUGAGCGACCGCCCCACAGGCUCAGGAAACAACUACCUGGAGAAGGUGGGAUUGGUCCUGCGAGUUCUUCGAGCAUUGCGGAUCUUCUACGUGAUGCGUUUAGCACGUCACUCUUUGGGGCUGCAGACGCUUGGGUUGACCGUACGCCGCUGCACUCGAGAGUUUGGACUGCUGUUGCUGUUCCUCUGUGUGGCCAUGGCACUGUUCUCUCCGCUGGUCUUCCUGGCGGAGAGCGAGAUGGGCGCCAAGCAGGAGUUCACAAGCAUCCCCGGGAGCUACUGGUGGGCCGUCAUUUCGAUGACGACGGUUGGGUACGGCGACAUGGUUCCUCGCAGCAUUCCAGGCCAGGUGGUGGCGCUCAGCAGCAUCCUGAGUGGAAUCCUGCUCAUGGCAUUCCCAGUCACAUCCAUAUUUCACACUUUUUCACGGUCCUACCUGGAGCUUAAAGAGGAGCAAAAUCGGGCCACACGGCACAAGCCCGAUUCACAAGACAGCACCAAGUCCCAAAACAGCGAGGAUUCACAGGACACUGACAGUUCUUUACACGGGAUCACAGAGGCUGCCGGAGUUGGUGCACAUCACCGCAGAUCCGUAGCUGUGGCAAGUCAAGGAGCACUACAGGUCAGGAGACCACUAAAGUCAUAAUGCAAGCAGCUGACUGUAAGACUAAAGAAAACUAACUUGUACAAAGACAUGCUACAGGUGAUCGGCCAUAAAUAGUACCUGAAUAAUCAGGUGACUUGACAAUGAUAGACAGUGGGAAAGAGAUGUUAAAAUGGACAGGCUUGUAAGUCCAAAGCACAAUUUUUGGUUAGUUUACACUAAAAUGAAUGUUCUGUCAUCAUUUACUAACCCUCAUGUUGUUCCAAAUGUGUAUGACUUUCUUCUUCUGUAGAAAACAAUUGAAAAUGUUUAGCAGAAUGCUCAUCGUUUUAUACAAGGGAAGUGAAUGGAUACUGGAUCUUUCAACCCAAUAACAUUUUUUUUUAAAAAGUGGUCCAUGAUUCAUAUUAUUAUAUUCAAAGCUUUCCAAAGCUAUAAUGUAACUUUGUCCAAGUAAAUGAUGCACGGAGCAUCCCCUCCAUGUUAGUUCUUAAAUCUCGUUCUUGAUUGAGCGUUCAAAUGUGUCACACCAUGUUUGACAUCCGUGACAAGCUCCAUUUAUAAUAACGCAUAUUGUACUGUUUGAAUAUUUUUAACUGGUCCUAGCUGCGUCACUCCAAGUGCAACCAGGGCAUGCUAACAAGUACGCUAAAGACUGCAGCCUCUAGCGCUGUGUGCCUAGAUGUUAGGGUGGUGAGGUUUACCUGCACAGCUAUCUACCACUUGGCCUCUUUUACACCCAGUGCCUAAACCUCACUUCCCUUAUGUCAAGACACCAAUGUAACUGGUCCUACAUGCACCUUUCUAAGAAGGAUUCAAACCAGUGUCAACUGGCAUGGGUGAUGGGCGUGCUAACAAGGAUGCUAAAACCAGCAACCCUUAGUGCAUAUUUUGAGGCCAGGGCUGUGAGGUUGACGAGCAAAGUUAACUAACAGCUUGCCUCAAUACACUAACUUUCUAAACCUUACUCCCUUUCGGGUCAGGGCACCAAUUUCACUGGUCCUACGUGCACCACUAUAAAAAGGAGGUGGCAAGUUAAGAAAGAAACAGCACUCUUUAAUGUUCUUCUUGAGUUUAACCUGCACAGCACUUACUAGCUGGCCUCUGUUACAUCCACUCCCUAAAUUUCACUCACAUUUGGGUCAUGGCACCAAUCUCACAGUAUGGUAGGUGAGUACUUUAACAAGGACGCUAUGAAAAUGUCCACUUUCAUGCCUCUUGAAUCCUUGGUGUUGAGAUUUAUAUGUGCAGCUCUUACUAGCUGGAAUUCAUACUAACCCCCUUGAAAUUUCAUAACGGGAGGAGUGCACUUUUAAUAAGAAUGCAGAAACCAGUGUCCGUUAAUUUGUCUCUUGAGGCAAGAGAACUGAAGAUUCCUGAGAAAAUCCUACUACCUGGCCACCGUUAUACUCACGUCCUACUUACCUAUAUGUAACUUGUCCUACUCUCACCACUCUGAUAGGGAUUUGAACCAGCUCAACCAGUAUAAGAGGAAGGCACGCUAACAAGAACCCUAAAACCAAAGCCCUUAAUGUGCCUCUGGAGGUACCUAAAACCAGUGUGAGAGUGAGGUGUAUCGCACUUUUCUCUUAAACCCCAUUCUGAAAUACAGCACCAAUAAAACUGGUCCUACUUGCACUGGUCUGAGUGGGAUUGGAGCCAGUGUCAAAUGGCAAGAAUAGCGGGUGCACUAACAAGCACACUAAAAAUUAGCAAGCCUCGAGACCAGAGAAGAGCGUUAUACUUGCAUAGUUCUAUUUUACAUGCGCAGCAGUUAUAAUGAAAUUUGAGAGUUCAAUUGCCUCAUUCACUUUCAUUGUACAGGAAGUGAGCAGCACGGACAUUGGGUUAAAUAUUUCCUUUUGUGCUCCACUAAAGAAAGUCAUAUGGGUUAGGAGUGGUAAGAGGGUGAGUGAUGACUGAAUUUUCAUCGAGCUGGUGUUCCUGGUCCACGGAUGCUCCUACCUGUGAAAACUGUAUGACUGUGAAGAUCGACAUUUUAUUUUGCAUCCACCUUUAAGGUAAAAUAAGCUUUUCUCCGGUGUCAGAUGAUACAGUGUUACACUGUUCAAAACAGACUAUUAAACUUUAAUUUACGCUCCUAUAUAGCUGAUUUGCAAUAACUAUGUUUAUGAAAACACAUUUCUGUAUAGCUCUGCUUUUAGAUGCCAUAGUCUCAGGAUCUGCCGGUUGUAAUAAACAGUGAAAUGCCCUUUAAA